GCGCAGCCCUGGCCGGCUCCGCCCUCGGCUUCGGUCGCCUCCUCGCUCCUCCUCCGCGCCCGGCGUAUCGUUCUAGAACUCGCGGAGCAGCUGCUUCAGGUGCCGCGGCCAAGUGCACACCAAUGAGGAGACUCAGUCCAGCCACCCAGUCCAGUCCAGUCAUGCAAGUACAGGAAGAUGGAGAGAACCUUAUCCCCUUUGCCAAGUGUUCCAGGGUGGUCAGCCGAUCUCUACACCCUAGCUUACCUUUCCAGAGCCUGAGACUGACGCCCCAGCGUUAUGGAGACACCUUCUGGGAGAACCUUAGUCAAAGGCCCAGCCCCACCUGGAUGGAGGAACAGUACAUCCCACCCCCGGUGAGAGCUACUGGUUGUUCCCAGCCUGGUCUAUACCCCACUGAGAGGCUCCCACCCCCUGAGAUGCUCUGCAGAAGAAAGAGACGCAAGCCAUAUUUGGGGGGAAUGCAGCACGGACCUGGGGGCAUCCCAGCCCGGGUAAGGGCUGUCACUUAUCACCUGGAGGAUCUAAGGAGGCGACAGAGAAUUAUCAAUGAACUGAAGAAGACCCAGUGGGGCAGCUCUGGGACUGCAUCUGAGCCCCUGGUGCUUGACAGUGAUGGCUGUGGAUUCCCUGGCACUACCAAGCACCCUGACCUGGAAGAGGAGAGGGCAUCCUAUCCCCGGGAAGAGGACCACUUCCUCACUACUGGCAGGGCCCGGCUGCUUUGGUCUCCUUGGAGUCCCCUGGGCCAGGAGGGGUCUUGCCUCUCCAGGCAGCUGGGCUCUCUGGCCUCCUUCAGCACUGUCACAGCCAGUAGGAACCCCCUUUACAAUCCCUGGGGGAUGGAGUUGCAGUCUGAGGAUAAGGAGAAACCUCCAUGCCCAAGAUGCUAGCGUGCCUCAGCGGCCAGGGACUAGUUCUCUGCGCUGGAAUCUCCUAACAUUAAGGCAUUUCCCUUGGUCCCUCCCAACUUCCUCUCCCAUCGUCUGAAUGAGGCAAGAACUCUCGGCCUCCCACCUCGACCCACCCCUCUCACGGGAGCUCCCCCAGGCCGGUUGUCCCCCAGGGCCGCUCCCUGGCACGUGUUCUCUGUUCUGUUAUUAAAAAGCAAGUAAGUG